CGCUCAGCUUAUCCAUUACCCACGCCGACGACGUCUCUACCGGACAGUGAAUAGAUUGAGAGGAGGAUGAAUGAGAAGGAGAAUGAGACAUGGAGACCGAGCCCGAGUAGCAAAGACAACCUCUGGAGGAAUUAUGUACUUGUUGGGCCAAACCGGGCUUUCGACUGCAGGAAUUUUGAGAUAGCCAGCCACCGGUAACUGUGGCCCGAAGCCCAAAAGCAGAAGCUCCACCUAUGACGCUGUUUAGAAACGCAGAGCUUCUCGAGCUCCCGUUCGAGGCGAUCGCGCUCCGCUUCAACUCCCUCCCCGCCGCCGCCACGUGGCUCGCCGUCGCCGCCGCAGCCGUGGGCAUCUGGCGCAUCAGGGCCGUCGGAUCCCGAUCCGACGCCUCCUCCCCCCUCUCCGCACCGGCGCCGUCGCCGGAGCCGGAGACGAGCACCCCCCUCCGAGCAGAUACGACGCCGACCGAGCCGAGUCGGAUCCGAUCCUGCGCCGCGCCCAAGGAGCGAUUCACCGCGUACUACGGCGUCGACGCGAGCUACGGCGAGGAGGAGGAGGAGGAGGAGGAGGAGCACGUGGGCGUCGACGGGGAGGUGACGGCACCGUUAGUGGGAGUGGGGUUGGGGUGGGAGGUUAACGGCGACGGGAGGAGGGGGAUCUCCGAUCUCGGGUGGUACCGUUACCAGGACCUGACGGUGAUUAACGGGAGCGUCGUGAGGUUGUGGGACGGAGACGGCGAGUUAACGCCGUUGCCGCAGCGGAGGUGGAGGGGCAGAACGGGAAUUUCACACUCGUUCUAGAGAGAUUUAGUAACUAUUAUAUUAUUAAAUUAAAUAAAUGUUUAUAUAUUGAUGGUAUGUGUUGAUACGAGUCAAAGUAAACUAAAUUGUUUACUUCUUUGUUGUUUUGGCUAUGGAAUAUUCAAAUCGAUGUUCGACGAUGGUUGUAGUUAAAUCUGUUUUGUUUAUUUGAGCACUCUAAAAAUUAAAUUUCGUAAUUUUUUCAA